CUAGUUAAAAGCUGCCAAGUGCUGACACAGAUUUCUGUCGCUGCACAAAGCCUGAGGCUCACUACAUACUGACACUGCCGAGGCUGUUCAAGGAGCUUCCCGUACAGAGAUUGGCGGCCAUAAUUGCAGAUACCUGGUACCUGGAACUUUUUUGAUACCACAUCCAAUGAGGCUCCAAGCGAAGCGAGCUGGUACCAUGAAGGCCAUGUGACCACACUGCUGACUAGUAAUUUGUUCUGUGGGAAUAAUCACUACACUGCUAACAGCUACAUUGAAGGAGUACCAUAUCCACAGUGGGAGACAAACUCCUUGGUACCGAAACCGAGAAGAUAGCUGGUACCAUGCAGUAGAGGAAUAGCUUAAGCAUGGCACAUAACUGCUGAUGACAGUGACAGCCUGUAAUAAAAGACCGGUUGGAGACCACUAGUAAAUUUGUGCUGGAUUGUGAAGUUAUUGAGGAGAGACUUAUCUGGCUUAUUCACAUGGAUCACUUGUCCACUGCACCCAAUAUCGGAGAUGCUCUGUCUUUUGUGAGAACCAGCCAUUUAGUGACAAUGUUAGAGAACAGCUUAUAUAGAGCAAAACGUGCAAAACUUCACUGUUCAAAAGUUCUUGUCCCUAAAGAACUAACCACACGAGUGGCCCAGGAGGCACUAAAACUAUCCUUGAAUGAGCCCUGUGGACUGCGAGGCUGCAUUAUAUAUAUGAAUCUGGAAAGCUGCAAUAAGCAGGCUGCCUUGGACACAAUAGUGUAUGACUGCUCAGUGGAACCAACCUUUGAACUGAAGCUUGUUUUAAAGCAGGACACUCAAGGAUGGGACUACCUAAGAGAUCUUCUUCUCAACAAAACCUGUUUCCCACAACUUUUUAAAAGUGUCAUCAAAUUAAGCCCCAAGUUUCAUAUCUCCAAGAGGAGAUUGUAUUUUUCAGUUGUAGGUGCAGGAAAUGAAGAGUGCUAGUA